UAAAUCGUGCCUGGCGGAAAUGAGGCUGUAGAUAUAAAACCAGACAUUAUUUAAACUCUUGAUCUUCUGAAAAUUUAAAACUGUUCAUGUGUUUUCCCGCGCUCUGGCGCCCUCUCGUGGAGCAGCGCGGUGACGAUCAGAAUCUAAGAUGGCGUCCAGAGAAACAAGCAGCUGCUGGUGUUAGUGACGCUACCGGAGGAACUCACCGACAGAAUCUGACCAUGAUGCUGUGAAGUGGUGACCUGGCCGUUCUCUCUGUGAGGAGGAGAUGGCAGCUGAGCUCCUCUCCACCAGCCUCCCCCACAGCAACGAGGAGGAGGAGGAGGUGGAGGCCAAGAGGAGCUUCAUGGUGCUGAGCGACCCGGAGUCCACGUCCCAGACCUUCUGUGAGCGAGACGCCGAUCAGACUAAUGGCAGCGAGGAGAGAACCAGCUGGCAGGCAGCACACCCCACCCUCAGAGAGAGGAACGCGCUGAUGUUUAACAACGAGCAGAUGGCCGACGCCCACUUCAUCGUGGGUCCUCCAGGAGAAACUCAGAUGGUUCCUGCUCAUAAGUACGUCCUGGCAGUGGGCAGCUCGGUGUUCGGAGCCAUGUUUUAUGGAGAUCUGGCCGAGGGACGAUCUGAGAUCCACAUCCCUGACGUGGAGCCGACGGCUUUCCUCAUCCUGUUAAAGUACAUGUACAGUGACGACAUCGAGCUGGAGGCCGACACCGUGCUCGCUACCCUCUAUGCUGCUAAGAAGUACAUCGUUCCUGUUCUGGCGAAGGCGUGCGUGACCUUCCUGGAGACGAGUCUGGAGGCAAAGAACGCCUGCGUCCUCCUGUCUCAGAGCUGUCUGUUCGAGGAGGCGGAGCUGAGGCAGCGCUGCUGGGAGGUGAUCGAUGCUCAAGCGGAGCUCGCUCUGCGUUCUGAAGGCUUCAGUGAGAUCGACAGGCCCACGCUGGAGGUGAUCCUGCAGAGAGACACCCUCAAUGUCCCGGAGGUGGUGGUCUUCCAGGCAGUGCUGAGCUGGUCAGUGGCUGAGUGUCAGCGGCAGAGCCUGGCUGUGAACCCCAGGAACCAGCGUGAGGUUCUGGGUAAGGCUCUGUACCUGGUCCGGAUCCCCUCCAUGACGCUGCAGGAGUUUGCAGACGUUGCGGCGCAGUCUGAAAUUUUAACGCUGAAAGAGACCCGCGACAUCUUCCUGUGGUUCACCGCCUCCAACAAACCUCGACUGGACUUUCCUCUGGGGAAGCGGGCCGGCCUGGCGCCACAGAGGUGCCAUCGCUUUCAGUCCUCGGCCUACCGCAGUAACCAGUGGCGCUACAGGGGGCGCUGUGACAGCAUCCAGUUUGCGGUGGACAAGAGAAUCUUCAUUGCUGGACUGGGCCUGUACGGGUCGAGCAGCGGGAAGGCAGAAUACAGUGUGAAGAUUGAACUGAAGAGGCAGGGAACCAUUCUGGCCCAGAACCUCACCAAGUUCCUGUCGGACGGGUCGAGCAGUACGUUUCCUGUGUGGUUCGAACAUCCGGUCCAGGUGGAGCCGGACACGUUCUACACAGUCAGCGCCGUCCUGGACGGAAAUGAGCUCAGUUACUUUGGACAGGAGGGGAUGACCGAGGUGCAGUGUGGGAAAGUGACCUUCCAGUUCCAGUGUUCAUCGGAUAGUACCAAUGGGACUGGAGUGCAGGGGGGUCAGAUCCCUGAGAUGGUCUUUUACUGCUGAAACUUCUGUUGUCACUGCUUAUUCUGACUGAUGUGUUGUCGUAGGACUGGAAUCUGAAGCUGGUUUCAGACUCGAUCAGCAUCAGAUCCUCCUCGUGGUUCAGGUGAGAGGUGGAGCAGCCGGGUGCAGCAGACACACACAGGAAGUGACCUGGUACCUGCUGCAGAGGUCAUGUGAUCAUGUUUACAUCACCUGACACGUCGUUAGCUCUGAUCUCAACAAACUCUCUUCACACCUUCGUCUGUGUCUUCAUCGUGUGUCAGCACUUUGUCACCAGAGACAUUUGUUUUAGUUUCUACAUGUUUGUGUCCCGUGUUAGAAGCUGCUCCCCCCCCACACACACACACACACACUCACUCAGUGGAGGAUCCUCUGCUGUUCACACUACUCCUGGAGUGACACUUUAUUCAGGAGCUCAGGAGGAGGAGGAACUGAGUGUGAUCCUCCAGAGAAGAUCCAGAGACCUGAGGAGCUGGAUUGGACCGGUGUUGUAGGACUGAAGCUGAUUAGCUCUUUGUUUUGUUGGUGCUUUUGAAGGAAAUGACUCUGAACAUUAAAGUGACUGAAACUAA